AUGGCGGACAAGGAGAAUGCCAAUCCGAUCAUUCACGCCCCUUCAGGUAGCACACAGCGUCGCAAGGAGGGCAAGAAGGACGGCGACUUGCUGGGUUCCCUUUCCCUCGGAGGUGGCAAUGAUUGGUGGCGGGAUCCUGCCGUGCACGAUACGAGCUCUGGCGGACUUGGCAGAGGCUUCGCAGAUGCUUCACAUGGGCUCGAAGAUGGACUGGAAGAAUCAGAUGCGUCUGGAGGUGCGGCACUGGCCGAGGAAAGACAGGGCAUCGACGCGCUCGAGGUCUUCGAUCUCAUACGCUCAGUGUCCGAUCCUGAACAUCCGCUGACGCUUGAGCAGCUCGCAGUGGUGCAAGCUCAGCAUAUCAAGGUGGAUGAGGGCGAUCCACAGACCGGUCGGUUGCCCACCGUUCUACUCGAAUUUACGCCAACCAUCCCCCAUUGCUCAAUGGCCACACUGAUCGGUCUUGCGCUGCGAGUUCGCUUGCUGCGUGCAUUACCUCCACGCUACAAGGUGGAUAUCCAAGUGCGGCCAGGCACGCACCAGAGUGAACGCGCAAUCAACAAGCAGCUCAACGACAAGGAGCGCGUAGCUGCUGCUUUGGAGAACAACAGUCUUCUUAGCGUUGUUGGCGACUGCCUCAGCACGGCGCGGAGGAGAGGUCUGGAUGAGGCGGAAGCUCUCAGGGAGGCUGAGAAGAGAGCGAGGGAGCUAGGCUUGGAUAUCGCUGUAUGCUAG